AUGGCUUAUGCUAAGCUCUCUCUUUUGCCUCUUUUCUUGCUUGCCACAUUAUUGAUGUUUUCAAUGAAGAAGGUAGAAGCAGAUCUUUGUGAGAAAUUUGCUUGUUCCAGAUCUGACCCGACGUGUGGUGAUGGUUGUCAUUGUGUACUUUCUAAGGGUGCGGAGGGUGGUAGGUGCAUAAAAAAGAAGCAUGUUGCUAAGAUGGUGGAAGAACAUCCAGACUUAUGUGAGUCUCAUGCAGACUGCACAAGAAAGGGAAGUGGAAGCUUCUGUGCUUAUUAUCCAAAACUGGAUCUUAAGUAUGGCUGGUGUUUUGACUCUAACUCUGAUGCUGAAGCCUCGUUCAAGAAUUUUCCUAGCUCUGAAUUCUUGAAGAAGCCGUCAGAAGUUUCCACUUAA